AUGAACUUCAACGAAGUGCGUACGGGGCUAAACCAUGUCCAAGGAAUGGCGUUUGGAGGUGACGAAGAUAAAUAUUUGGUUGUGGGUGGUGUCGAAGGUGGUGGAGUGAAAGUAUUCGAGAGGGCAAUUCGAAGGACUCGAAGAAAUCGCGAAGCCUGA